CCACUCACACAACAUCGUUUCAAGUGGACGAUUUGAAAUUCCAUGAAAGCCCAUUUCACCAACGUUCUGGUGGGAUUGCAAAGCGGACUAUGAUAGUCCCACAAAAUUGGCAAUCUCACAAUUGGCUGGAACUAAUCGCAACCCACAUGUUUGUGUUUUUGGGCCUUAAGGCCUCUUGUGAACCUCACGCAGAGCAUAGCCACAGAAAGAGAGAGAGAACAGAGAAGAAGCAGAGAGAAAGAGAGCGAUUCGAUUUUGGAAUGAGAAGCUCCUAAGGUAUCCAUUGGCUAUCUGCGGAGCUUCUUUCUUUUUUAGCACAAGCUUUGUUGGGUCUUCAGAGUUUCGCUGCAAUCAAACAUUUUUCAAGGUUUCAGGGCCAUAAACUUCACUGAAGCAGCUCACUGGGUUUUCCUUUAGGUUGCUCAAUUCUAGAUGCUCCAAGAGUGAUGAAAUUUUAUAUCCCGUAUAUAUCAGGUCUUCUAGUCUUUGAAAGAGUUACUGUCAUCUAUAUUAGGGUCUAAAAUGCCAUCUGGCAUUGUGUUAAAAUUGAAUACUACUAUAUUUUCUAGUUUUGGUAGAGCAUUAACUGGGAAACGAAAUCCGAAAGAUUUACUGCUUGGGCAGGGGAUUUUGUUGUCUCGAAAUUCAGGAUUGUCUUUUUCCUUGCCAUAUUCAACCACUUUGUUACCAGACAUCACCCAUCUUAGUUUAAGUUGCUCGCAUAAGGGGAAGUCUAUGGCUGCUUCUAGUUCCAAAUCUGUCUUCGGAGAUGUCUAUGUGGAUGAUGUAUUCACAAGUUGUGGGAAUGCAUUAGACUUCACAAAACCUACUGGUGUUUUUUUCAAUGAUAAAAGUCGUAGCAGUUGCAGGAAAGCUAGUGUGAGUUUUAGGAGAAAAGAACCACUCAACAAUCUUUUAACUUGUGGGUAUUUUGUCGCUGAUGCAACACGGAGGAGCUGCAGCUCCAAUAUAUUUCUUGGAUCUGGUUUGAGGGGUCUCCAUACCUCAUUUUCUAUGUGCCACUCUGCUGGUGCUGCUCAUAAUGUGUCAUAUGAUGGCAACUCUCGUGAUGAACAGCUUGCUAAGUCUACUGCUUUGUCGCAACAAACUAUUUUGGGAAACAGAACUCUGAAGCUUCUUUCGGGAUCAUGUUACCUACCACAUCCCGAUAAGGAAGAGACUGGUGGAGAAGAUGCUCACUUUAUUUGUGUGGAUGAACAAGUAAUUGGUGUAGCAGAUGGUGUAGGUGGUUGGGCGGAUGUUGGUGUUAAUGCUGGACUGUUUGCUCGUGAGCUGAUGUCUAAUUCUGUUUUGGCAAUUCAGGCGGAGCCUAAGGACUCCAUUGACCCAGCCAAGGUGUUAGAAAAGGCCCACUCAAGUUCAAAAGCAAAGGGUUCCUCAACAGCUUGCAUCAUUGCCCUUGCAGAGAAGGGACUACAUGCUAUUAAUCUGGGGGAUAGUGGAUUCAUAGUGGUUCGAGAUGGAUCCACCAUCUUUCGUUCGCCAGUGCAGCAACAUGGCUUCAAUUUUACAUAUCAAUUGGAGAGUGGCAAUGGUGGUGAUCUACCAAGCUCUGGUCAGGUUUUUACAAUUCCUGUUGCCCCGGGAGAUGUCAUUAUUGCUGGAACAGAUGGGCUAUUCGACAACUUGUAUAACACCGAAGUUACGGCUGUUGUUGUUCAUGCUCAAAGAGCUGGCAUGGAACCACAAGUAACCGCGCAGAAGAUAGCGGCUUUGGCACGCCAGCGAGCACUUGAUAGGAACCGACAGACACCAUUUUCUACAGCUGCUCAGGAGGCUGGAUUCCGUUAUUAUGGUGGCAAGCUAGAUGACAUUACGGUUGUCGUUUCAUAUAUAACUAGUGUCGUCAAUGCUUGAUUAUCUUUUUUCAUAGAUUUUGCUCCCCUGUAUAGUAUAUCUGCCAUAUACUAUAAAAACCCUUUUUUGUAAUUUUUUGCCUCGUGAAACCAAGAGGAAGAUGUUACAUUCGGAGUGGUAUUAUGUAAUUUGCAUCCCCUGUUUCCUUCUUAAA